CAAAAAUAGAUUUUAUCAAUGACAACAAGGUUCAUUUUAAAAAAUAAAGGCUACUCUUGCUAAUCUAACCACUGAAAUGUGAUAUAAUUACUAGAAUACUGCAGUCAAUUUGAUGAUUUACAUAAUCUUUAGAAGAUGAAGUCUGUAGCAAGUACAAAUAAAACUGAUGCAAUUUUAGAUAUUUAAGCUGUGAGUAAGUUCGAAAAUCAUUUGUUAACACAACAGUCUCUACCUCGCUACCCAAUGAAACAAAAAUUCUACAUGUAUAUUCAUGUACAUGGUUAUGUUUGCACAUCUCUGGCUAUUGUAAGGAAAAAACAUCUCAGAGCACUACAACUAGAACAGCAGCUGUUGUACUGUUUGCAGUGAUUUUUUGUUUUCAUUGGUUAAACUGGGUCAGUAAACCUUGGGGUAAUGAUUGACAUUUCUAACCAACAUCAACAUCUGUACGUAAGCAUGUAUCUAGGCACGUCCUAUAGUAACUGACACUGGUUCACACUCUUGUGAAGGGUUUGUCACAUUACUGAAGAUCCAGAAUUAGUCCUUAUAGACAUCUGUAUAGAUUCUCUUUUCUCAUUGAGGCCAACUCCUUGUAUUUUUCUAAUUACAUAAUGUGCAGUGUAAAAUUUUUUCUACAUUCAUCGUUAUUUGUGAUUAAAAUACAUCAAGACCACAAAACCGAGCUUUUGAAGGACUAGUGGUAACAAUUCCUUGGAAGCUCUAUCAGCAUUUUCAGUCACACCCCAAAGGACACAGUGUGUACAGUAAGACCCAACCACUACCUGCUGAUAAAAGUACUAGUUACCCAAUGAACAAAUGUGUGAAUAUCAGUAAACAUGCAAAAAGAGUGACCUUUGGUUUUUAAACAACAGCAUUUCACAACAACAUGUUAUUUCUGUACAAAGUCUGUUGGGAUCAGUCCACCAUGGCAUCUGUGGUGUCAGCACACCUCUCUCUUCUCCUGCUGCUCUUCAUGAUGAAGAAUGCUGCCAGCAUUAAUGCUACAGAUGGACCCAUAGCAAAAACUCAGUUUGGUCCAGUCAAAGGGAUCUAUGCUGAUGAAGCAGCUAUCUUCUUUGGGCUGCCCUUUGGCAUGCCACCAGUAGGAGAAAUGCGCUGGAAACCACCACAGCCGUUCCACACUAGCUGGGCACCCAGCACCUAUGAUGCAACCUUUCCCAGGCCAGGCUGCUACCAGGAUGACUGUGGAGCAGCACCAGAUCCAGACAUCAAACAGGCCUGUCCACAAGAUGGAAAGUUCAGCGAAGACUGUCUGCACCUCAACAUCUUCACCCCCCUCCCCUUUAACCCAAUGGAAAAGUUACCUGUUGUUAUCUGGUUUCCUGGAGAACAAUACGUCUAUGGCUCAGCAAAUAGCUUCCUCUUUGAUGGGAGAUUCCUAGCUAGUAAGACACAUGCUAUUGUAGUCACCACUAACUACAGACUUGGGGCUCUGGGAUGUCUGGUAGCUGGGGAGGGUGAUGGAGCGGCUAAAGGGAACUAUGGAACACUGGAUCAGAUAACUGCCAUGCAAUGGGUCCAGAGUAACAUUAGAAGCUUUGGUGGAGACAAAGACCAGGUGACCAUCAUGGGGCAAAGUUCAGGUGCAGAUUCUGUGGCUCUCCACCUUAUGGGAGAUGACACAGAAAACUUGUUCCAAAGGGCUGUCAUGAUGAGUGUACCUUUCCACUUCCCGCAUAAAACACAGAACCAAGCUGCAAAGCUGGGACAGUCCUUUGCAAGAUAUCUAAACUGUACAUCUGGUGACAUGGCAUGUAUGCGUAAUGCCUCACCACAACAUAUCAUUGAUGUACAAUGGAAAGCCAUGGCUGUAGACCCAUUCCAGCUUGCAGAAAAGUAUGUUAAGUGGGCUCCUAUUGUAGAUGGUAAGAUCCUAACUUCUCAAGAUGAUCUUGACAUAUUCCUCCAGGGAAAGUUUCAAAAGAAGCCUUUUAUUAUAGGCAGCACCACUGAUGAUGCAUUUCCAUUGAUUUAUGAAGCAUGGCAGAAAAACAUGACAAAAGAGCAGUACCAGCAAGUUUUGGACACGAUUCUCAUGGGAAAAGCAUCCGAGGUGCUGAAAGAGUACCCACCCGCUCUUACUGGAGAUGAGCGCCCGACUUUGGCCAAUCUUGCCACGGACAUGUUUUACACCUGUCCAACCCGCACAGCCAUCCGUUCAGCCAUCACACAUGGCACAACAGACGUCUGGCUCUACCACUUCGAUCACGUCGUGAAGGGAAAGGACUUGUGGCCUCACCAAGACCAGGUGUGCUAUGAGAAGGUUUGCCAUGGGUCUGAUCUUCCCUUCCUUCUACAAACAUUGCCGCUAUUUGGACCUAAGAUGACAGACUUGGAACAGAGCAUGGCUGAUGACAUGGCCCUCUACUUUGGGAACUUCAUCCACACUGGUGAUCCAAAUGGUCAACCACACCAAGCUUCCAUCCACCAACCCGAUCACUUUCAUGGCUCUCCCAGGCCAAGUAGCAUCUAUUGGCCAAAGUACAGCAAGGAAGGGGGCUACAUGAACAUGAAAUUCACAACAUCUGGUACACAACUGGAACAGGGCUACAGGAGCCAAAAGUGUGACUUCUGGGAUACAAUUAGCAGUUAAACUUUUCCUGUAACCUGCAGUUUCUAAAGACUGAGGUGACAUAGUAAU